UAUGGUGAUCCAGACCUGUCUACACCGCCAAGUGGAGCCAAGGGCAAAGGCAAAGCGAAGGAGAAGACUCGAUCAGGGAAGAGAUAUGUCGCAUUGCCGGCUGCAGAGCAAGAGGAUGAAGCUAUGGGAGGUUUCCCACGAACCCGUGUCUUACCGAGAUCUGGAUUGAACGAGUAUGAGAAGGCACUGUGGAAAUGGGUGAACGUGGACGAUCUGGAUGGGUUUCUACAAGAAGUCUAUGCUUACUACAAAGGCAAAGGAGUGUACUGUAUAGCCCUGGCAAGGGUAUUGAACCUCUUAACCACCUUUUUCGUCAUCGGAUUCUCGACGUUCCUUCUCCAAUGUAUAGAUUACUCCAAACUUACACACAUCUCUGGACCAACCUCUGUCGGCAGGCUUGACGAUGUACUGGUGAAGCAAUGUUUGACACAUGGCUCUGUCCCGCACAUGCUCUUCAUUCUCAUUGUCUGCAUCUUUUACGUCUUUCAAAUCUUCUCAUUCAUCCUCUCUCUACCGCGGCUUUUCGAAAUGUACCGCUUCUAUACCUACCUUCUUGGCAUCCCCGAUGCGGACAUUCAAACCCUACCCUGGCCUGAGAUUGUAAGGCUUAUUGGUGAAAUAAGAAAGCACAACCCAGUGACAUCCCUGUCCAAUGGGCAAGCCGGAGCUCUGGCAGACAUGGUAGGAGAAGAUAUCAAAGGCGAAGUCAAAACCCUAGAUGCGCACGACGUUGCCAACCGGAUCCUGCGACAGGAGAAUUACCUCAUCGCACUGUUCAAUAAGGAUCUCCUCGAUCUCCGAGUUCGCCUCCCAGUGCCACACAACUAUGCUCAUCUCGUUCCUGCUUCCCUACUGGCUCAACCUAGCAAGUUGACUCUACCGGCCAGGCACGCCGAUCGGCCAUCGAGAAAGUAUAUCUCUUUCGGCGCCAACACUCUCACUAAAGCUCUGGAGUGGAAUUUACGAUUUUGUCUGCUCGGGUACCUGUUUGAUCGUCAGGGACAAGUCCGGAAAGAGUUCGUCCGCGAGAAGCGGAGGAAGGACUUGGUCGAGGGACUGAAACGCCGAUUCAUCUUCAUGGGCAUCUUCAACGCAAUCUUCGCACCGUUCAUUAUAGUCUACCUCCUCAUGUACUCGUUCUUCCGGUACUUUGAGGAGUACCACAAGAAUCCCUCCUCCAUCGGUGGUCGACAAUAUACGCCUUAUGCUCAGUGGAAAUUUCGCGAGUUCAAUGAGCUGCCUCAUCUAUUUGAGAGACGGCUGGAUCGUAGCUAUCCUAUCGCGAAAGAAUAUAUCGAUCAGUUCCCUAAUGAACGCUCCGCGCUCGUCAUGAGAUUCGUCGCCUUCGUCGCCGGUUCAUUCGCUGCCGUCCUCCUCGUUGCAUCUCUCCUCGAUCCUGACCUCUUUCUACACUUUGAGGUCACUCCUCAUCGAACCGUCCUUUUCUAUCUCGGUCUCUUCGGUUCAGUCCUGGCCAUUGCUCGAGGCAUGAUUCCAGCGGAGAACCUGGUGUUUGACCCCGAAGUCAGUCUUCGCGAAGUGGUUCGAUGGACUCACUACCUACCUGGAGAAUGGAGAGGUAAAUUGCACAGCAAGAUGGUCCACGCAGAAUUCAGCAACCUCUUCGCACUCAAAAUCAAUGUCUUUUUCACAGAGCUCAUGUCCGUCAUUCUGACACCAUUCAUCCUCUGGUUCUCGCUUCCACCGUGCGCCGGUGCCAUCAUUGACUUCUUUCGCGAAUUCACUGUUCACGUCGAUGGCGUGGGUUACGUCUGCUCGUUCGCAGUAUUCGAUUUCCGGCGACACGGCGCACUCAAGGUCCCUGAGCCCGGGGCUCCGGCUUCUCCGAAUGUCUCACUAUCCCCUCAAGACAGCACCAAGCCAGGCACGGUGCCUGCUCCGUCUUCUGGACAGUCGUGGCCCCACUCAGGUCUCGCAUAUCCUCCUAUCAACAGCCCACAUACUCGAGCAAAAAGUCGAGAUUGGCGAGCGAACGAGAACAAGAUGGAAAAGUCUUUCCUGCACUUCAAAGCCACACACCCAGAUUGGCAGCCGUCCGAUCCUGCGUCUUCAGUGUUCCUCGAUCGCUUAGUUGGAAUGCACCAGGCGUCCCUCAAGGCUGAUCCGUACAAUUCGAGACAGGCCGGGAGCAUUUAUUCGCCGCCUGGUCUUGGGAGACACAUUGGGACUGGUAUGAUGGGUUCAGGACAACCAAACGGCGCAAGAGGCCUAGGUUUGGCCUUGGGAGACGACGCGAGACUUCGAGAAAGGAGCAGAUCAUACGACCGAGCAUGGGCGAAAUCAAGUCAAAUGCUUAAACCGAGAUUGGAAGCCAUGCGGGAGAAUGCCGAGAUGGAUGAUGAGGAACCUGUAGGGAACAGUGUCGAAGUCGAUGAUUGGAAUAAACGCAUCGGAGACGAGGAGAUAGGAGAUGAUGGACGAGAGGAUAGCGACGAGGAAGCAUUCUUGAAGGACAUGGGGAUGAUGGGCCUAUUGCAGCAGGUGAUGAGGCGAUAGAGAGUAUGACAUCUACCAUACUGAGGGCAGUACAUCUCCCAGGAAAGAUACAGGAGGCACUUCGCCUCACCUCGGG